ACCUUGGAAAUACUUUUCUGACUAAUCUUCUGGAAAGUUAUGUUCCCAUCAUUUUUUUUAAAAAAAAGCAAGCCAACCAGAAUCUCAGCGGUUAUAUAUUUAUGGAUGGAUGAAAAAUUAAAGUCCUGUCAGGCCAACCGCUUCUUUGAUUUCUGAGGUAUUCCAUGUUUCAUUUCUGAGAGAAAGAUAUAAACCAGCCCAGCUUGAUAGCAACAAUGCAAUGCAAAAGCCUUGCUCCUGCCUUGGUCAGUAAUGAUCUCUCAAAGCCACAUUAGUUGGCCCAUUGAUCGCCUGAUAUCAUGCCCCAGAGUGCAUUUGCACUGUGAAGAGUGAAAUGAUGGUAUUUUGGCACCAGUGCAAAGAGUUUCAAAGUGCUGUGCAAACAGUAGUUAAGCUUUGCAGUUGGGAAGUUGAGGCACACACGGGUUAAGCAGCUUGCCCAACGUCACAUGGCUGAUUUAUGACGGUGCAAAUGCAAGAUGGCAUGCAAUUUACCAUCAUGUUCAGUGAAUCCAAGAAGAGAAAAUGAGAGGGGAGAAGAAUGGAUUUUGUAAGACUAAAAGACCUUUUGGUGCUGUAUUGAAAAGCCCUUUUGUAUGGGGUCCCCAAGACAAGCAUAACACAGGAUGCUAUAAGCUUCCCGACCUUGUCAUGCCACUGUGCACAUAUUUCUGAGUUGCAAGGCAUUUCUAUGGGGAAAGUGGAUAACUUAGCUUCCAUUUUUUCCUUGGCCUUUCCCCUGGUUACUAGUUAUUACUAGCAAACUUUACAAAAUGGACAAGCACCCACUGAGAGUGCACCUCAAACCAGCUGUUCAUUUCAGACUGCCCACAGAAAGAUGUCAAUGCAGUUUGGUCUCUGCUGCCCUGAGCUGGAUUUGAAUCUGUGUUUAUCCCCAUGAACCAUCCAGUCUCCCUAGAACGUCGCCUUUGUUGUGGUUUUAAAACCAAAAAAAGGAUCAGAUAAGUUAAACAGCUGGUACUGGAGUUAAUGAUAACGGUGUAAAGUCUGAGUAACGCACACCAAAGAACUGACACUUUGUGUGAAAGCUACCCGACCUGUUCAGCUGGUUUCUAGGGUUGAGCUGGAUGAGAGCACGCCCAGAAAAAUGUAUAUCUGCCUUUCCGGAACUGUGCCGUUUGCAUAGCAUAACUCUAGCUAUUGGUGUGACUUCUUUUCUGGAAAGCAAUGGGUGAACAUUGUGCCUAUUUAGCGGCAUGACAGCCCCGUGACCACAUUACUUUCACUGAAAGAAAAAGAAGUUGGCCUAGAAAAUUCUGCAUGACGUCAAUUUUUUUUUCAGAGAAAAUGGGCCAGAAAUUAUCACAGGAGUAUGAUGAGAAGAACAAAGCUGACAUUCUCAUCAUAAACGAGAUAUUCAGCCAAGGAGUGGUCUAUGCAUCUCAAAAGCUGAAAGAAUACCUUGGCUUUGAAGAUCCUCAGAGCAAAUUCCACCCAGCCAUGGAUACUUUAAAUGAGAUCUUUUUGGUUAACUUCAUGAGUUUCUGUAUCGAAAGAGGAAUGGAGGAACGUAUCACCACCAGCAAAAUGACAAAGCAACAGUCUUUGCUGCUUGGGAUUGACUGGAUCUGGACUCUCUCUGGAGCCGACAAACAAAUCAGACUUCAGAUCGCCGUGCAGACUUUGCAGAUGGCUGAGCUCCUCCAGAAUGAAACUGGGCCCAGCAAAGAAGACUCGUUAGCAAACUGGCAUUUCAAAAAUAAAAGCAGGUUUGAGAAGCUGGAAGAGUUCUGCAAGCUGGUGGGGCAUGGCUGUGUGGGCCUCUUUAUAAUGUUUGGCGUGCCAGGGAAACCUAAAGAUAUCAGAGGUGUCAUGCUAGACAGCAUCAACCCGGAGAAACGAAAAAAUCACCUGUCAGGCGAGAAUGCUCUAAGGCAGUUUGUCUUGAACACUGACUGCUUCCUCUCCACAAAAGAAAUGCUUGAAAACUGCCUUUGUAAGAAAAACGGAAUCAAGGAGGUGGGCAAAGUGUACAUUAACUUCCUUUGAACUCCUGGUUAAUAUUAAAAAGUCUGUGUACCCAGUCCCCAAUGAAUAUCCAGUACUAAUCUUUCAAAUAUUUGCUUUUCUGUCCUAUGCGCACACUGUUGGAUAUUAUUACUUAGUCCAGACAGCUGAUUUUUAUGAUGAUUAAAUCUCUCCAGUUUUUAAAACAUAUUCCGGAAAAUGUGCCAGAAACUUAAAUAUUCUGAAGGAAAAGAAUAUUCUUAAAAUUAACACUCUAACCCAAUCCUUUGAAAGCUCCUUUGGAAGAAUUGAGUUCACUACAUUUACCUAGAGAGUAUUGGUCAUUUAAACGGGAAGUUACUAUAAAGAAAAUGUAUUUUUUUUAUUUGCAAGGAGAGAGAAGGGCAAUGAUUGCAUGCUUUUAUAAUGCUGAAUGUAAAACCUUAGUUGUUUCAUUAUUGCAGAGAUCAAUCCUGCUUUGGCAUGUAUGUAGACUGAAUGGUUGUAAGAACCUUGCCUUCCCUAUGUGUAUCUCUUCUCCUAUAUAGUAAAUGGUAGUCUUUAAUCAUUUAUUAUUGCCUUGCUUCAAUGCCUUGAAAUCCCAAAUGAAUUUGAAAUUGUGCCUUGCAGAAAACAGAGAUAAUCCCAACCUUAAAUCACUAACCAAAUUAGGCAGACAAAGGGUGAUGGUAGGAUAGAAAGCCAUUAUUUGGUUAAAGGAAGACUAAAAACAGAAAUGAAAUCCUGGCUUCACUGAGUUCCAUGGGAAUAAUUUAUUAUGUGGUCACAAAGCAACUAACACCUUGAAAGAGACUCUGUUUUAUACAUGUAGAUAUUUAAUUUUGGGGAUAUUAAGUUUCUUUGCACAAACCUUUUUCAUAGUUUUUCCACUUUAAGUUGCAUAGUCAAUUUUCUAUUUUAAUGUUAAUUGUAUUCAACAAAAUAAAACAUAUAGUAUUGAAAAUAAAUUCGGUGCUGAGUUUUAACGGACUUUGCAAUCUUUGUGGUGAUGAAAAUUGAGAUAUUAAGACCUUGUAUAACUCAGGCACAUCUCUGCUACAGUUUACUCAUGCUACUAUAAAAUCAGUAUAAGAGAGCACAGAAAAUCAAGCCUGGAAUUCCUAGCAGAUUUCUAUGAUGCAUGAAGCCAAACGGUGAACUGAAAAUAUGAGGAAAAAACAGUAAGGGUACUACAAUCUGUCUUUACGUGAGCAGCCAAGACCAGCAAUAAUCAGCUGUCCUAUUAGGAGAAGCCUUGUCUAUGCUAAAAUAAUUCUUUGAGGUGAAGGUUGUCUAACAAACAGAUGAGGUCGCUAGUAUAGUUUUCAAGUAUUUUAAGUCUAUUGGGAGUUGAGUAAGGUAAGGAAAACACAACUGGUCUCUUAAAAAUGGAUAUAUUGGGGAUGACUAUCCAGGUUUUUGUUUGAACGUAGUAGCACUUUCGAUUCCUUUCAUUAUAAUAAUCUUUGCAAAGAACAAAGGCCUCUGAAAUCCUCAGAGAUCCAUUAAUUUGGUCUCACUUACUGCGUUAGAAACAUUUUGUCAACAGAAAAUGCCAUUUUCCUGACAUUGAAAAAUCUCAGCAAAAUCUAAAGUUUCUGCUGAGAAAUUUCAGUUUUCUAUCAGGAAAAUCAAAAUGAAAUGUUUUGCUUUGGGUUGGAUUAACUCGAACUAGAGCAUUACAGUAUGCCAAGCCAGGCAGGAAACUUUAAUUUCAGAUCAGUUUAUUAAUCUUUGUCCAUUGUACCUCAUGUGAGAUAUACAGGCAGUCCCCAGGUUACAUGGAUCCAACUUACAUUGGAUCCCUACUUACAAACGGGAUGAGGCAACCCCACACUAGCUGCUUCCACCCAGCAGACCAGGGAAACGCAAAGCUAGCGCCCCCCGCCCUCUCCGCCAGCAGACCAGGGAGACGCGGAGCGGCUUUUCUCAGCAGACAGGGACUGAGGGAAGUGAGGUGUGGGAGAAUAAAACUGAGCUCUGGAGAAAUGUUUGGCUAGAGUUUCCCCUACAAUAUGUACCAGUUCCGACUUGCAUACAAAUUCAACUUAAGAACAAACCUACAGUCCCUAUCUUGUACGUAACCCGGGGACAGCCUGUAGUUCACAUGCCUCUAGUAGCACAUGGAGAAGGUGGGAAGGUUGUGUGUUAUUUUUAUGAAUGUAACACAAUGUCUCCACUCAGUGUUACGCACUGAGCAUGAAAAUGUUAAUUUUUUGCCUGGGCCAGAGGGUAAGCAGUGCAGUGAGCAAGUAAGCAGGGUGGGGGGGUGGGAGGGGACGACUAUCAAUGUAUGAAUGGAGUUACCAUGGAAUGACUAUAGAAUAUAAUGGACUGGACCACAGGGACAGAAGAGAUGCAUGAGAACAAUCUGACACACAACAAUGAACACUGAUUUAUUUUGUUGAACAUAGUGUUUUAUUUCCUAUAGAAACAAGAGCAGGUUCCCAGGGCUUUGUCAGUGAGUAGACCAUGUUGCCUCAGAAGCAGGGAAUUCGCUCCUGUCAUUGGCUUUUUGUAUUUCCCUAUUGUUCCCAUGACCUCCCUGCCUGCCUUAGUCCAGUUUCUGAUGCCUGUUCUGUCACCACCUGUCUUUCCAAUUCUACCCUGCAGGUUAACAUGGCCCAUCCAAAGUUUCUGCCCAGCGGCUAGUGACUAGAUCGUGGUUGGUGCCUCCCAGGUAGUUACCCAGCAUGAGGGGCUUCAUUUCCCACAAGACACCCUAAAUACAGAGUUGCCUGCUGUGGGAGGGAGGGUCUGAACAUGACAAAAGAAGCAGUGAGGGGUCUGUAAUGAGAGCUUCUUUUACCACAGCAGAGAGAGAGAAGAGAGGGGUGAUCCUACAAACAACAGGAUUUGCUUUACCAUUCUAAGCCAAUAUUCUUCAAUAUUUUAUUCCCAUUGACUAAUAAAAUAUCUUGUUCAGGCUCAGGCUCUCAACUGGCCUGCUGGCUGUAGUGCUCCCACAAGCACUUGUUUAUUGAAGCCAGGGAUGCAAUCUGAGUAGCACCACAGGGCUGCUGCAUGCCAAAACGGCUGAGACCAGAGACACAUGUAAAGGUAGGGUGCAGAGCACAUGGUGGGUAUCUGUCACGACACCCCAAUCUCCAUUGUGGUGUGUUUGGAUCUUUUCAUUCCACAGACUGGAAUGAAAUUUCAAUUUUCCCUUCUGAUUUGUAAUAUUCAGGUUUUUGGCCAACUCUUUUUACUGAUUGAUAGACUUACCUGCAGACUACUGUGAUACUUAAAGGCUCUUGGUUAGAGAGUAGAAGCCUAAACUUCAGUUUUCCAUGCAGUGUUUCUCCUGUAUCUUCAAACUUGCAGAUGGCUUUAACAUGAUGCAAAACUGUUUGUUUGUACACUGGCUGUAACUCGGACACCAUUGAGUUACACAUGACUGCGCUGUUGGUAAGCGCAGGUCGCGUGUGUAACUCAGGGACCAUCUUUACUACCACUCCAUGGGAGCUUUGGUCGUAACUCAGGGAGCAGCUGUAUCAAAUAGCAGUAGAAAAGUCCCUACAGUUAGCCAGUAUAGGUAAAAAGUGAAAACAUUUUGCAAGGUAAAAUAUCUUUCAGCUAGUAUGUAACAGUCUAAGCGCCAUUGAUUUCUGUUGCACUCAUUUACCCCAGAAAUAUGCUGGGCAGUAUUUUGUAAAGCAAAGCCUUUCAUAAUGUGAUCUCACUAUUGCAUCUGCUAAUUGACUCUUGCCUGAGAAGCAUGGGGACAUUGUUAGGUAUUUGGAAGAGAGGAUUUAAUGAAGUAAAAUAUCAAAUGGGUUUUCUUAAGUAAUUAGUCUGUACAGGAUAAACUUAAAGUGCUACCAGACCAUUUUAGACUAACAAACAGUCUAACCUGGCUAUCCCCUGAAGCUGCUGAGUUUCUUCAAAGUCAAUACAAACUUUUAAAGAAAGAAAUAUAAUUGAGUUGUUUAAUACUGCGUGUGCUCCAUUAGUAUUGUAAUAGGAAGUGCCACAAUGAUUUUUUUAACUUGGUAGAGAACCUCUUAUGGUUAGCCUUUGGUGGCUGAAUAACAGGCAGUUCUACAAGUUAGUUAAUCUAAUCUACCUCUUAAACCAUGCAGUGAGUCAGGGAUGAGCACACACAAUAUAGGCUAGAGUGCAGCUUUAUAGUAGACAUUCUCACAAGUCUAACAUAAAAGCACUUCCUUUUAACUCACACUAAAUCUUUCAUUGCUAUUUUAGGUGUGAGUCAGAAUGGUAACUGGUAAGUGCUGGUUAGGACUGGGUAUGUUUGUUGCAUUUUCAGUAAUUUUAUUUUAGAACAACAAAUAGUGAAGCCUUAAUGAUGGGUGAUUCAUAGCUGGGUCCCAGGGAUGAACUUGUGUGAACAUGUGUUGGGUUUAAGAGACCACAUAGUGAUGAUGAAAGUUCUGACCAUGGUCCAUGCUUGGGUACUGGAUAGGGCAAUUUUUACCUGCAGAAAGCUCCACAUUUAAGGAAUUGACUGGCUGCAUUGAAGAUACUAGGGGCCAGAACUGGGACCCUUCCUCCCAGCUAAAGCAGAUUACUUUCCCCAACCAAUGGAACUGUUAAGGCAGAAGAGUCUGUGUUACCUCUAUGGAUGCCCAUGAGGACUACUACUUUGAAUAGUGGCCCAGUGUUGCUGAUUGGGUCAAGUCACAGCAUGAACAACCAAGUAGGAGAGGUAAUAAGGCAUUCACAGGAAAGGGUCUUGCUGCAAAGACCGAUAGUUAACUAUAAUGCCAUCACAUAGUAAUGACAAGUUUGCAAAUGGUGCUUCUAAUUUAGUUAAUUCUUCCAUAAAGAUCUUGAAGUCAGGGCCCCCCUGUGAUGCACAAUAGAACCACAGACAAUUUCCAUUCCUAAUAUGUCUUAACUUUGAAUAAAGCAGUUUGGGCUCCAGCCAGAUUUCUGCAGCAGCUGGCUCCCAGGGAUGAAAGCUCUAAGCCCUGCUGCUGCUUGGCAGCUGGGGGAGGGAGAGGAUAGGCAGUCCAGAUCAGACUUCCUUUUAAAAUGCAAUAUAGGCACAGAAUAGCAUUUGCUUUUCCCCCUCCCAUUUCCUGGUGUCUGGUUACUUCUGCUUUCAGAGUCAGUACAUAGCUAUGGUGUUUGGGGGUUGGACUGUACUAAAAAGCAUAACAAAAUACAAUCUGGUUAUUAUAUUCUUCCCUGAAUCUAAGGAAACAUGAAAAAGUAAGUCUAUUCCUAUCCAACUGCUCACUCUUUAUGGCUGUACUUUUGCAAAGUUUGCAAAUAACACCCAUAUAAAAUGAUCAGCAAAAUAUUUUAUUUCUUGCACAAACAUUUUGAAAGCCAAUAAGUGAAUAUGCAUGAUAAGUAAUACAAAACAGCUUGUGAUUAACCAGCUAUAAAGUUGCUCAUCAAAAGUCUUAAUACAAGAAAAAAAUCUUUGGGUAUUUGUCCCCUAGAAAGACAAGCAACACAAAUGCUUUACUUUAAACUUGCACAUUACCUGCUCUGGAUUUAGACUUGUAGUGGGAACACCUCAGUUGUACUCAGAGGACAAUACAGUUCUACCAAAGACCAACUUUGAGACUGGAAGCAGCACACAUUGACAAGCUCUCCCACAAUGCAGCAAGGCUACUAAAGGAAGUUAAAAGGAACCUAAAAGUGAGUAAGAAUAUUAUCUUUCCCCGUUAGGUGUAGAAUACCAGGCUGUACCUUUGUUACUCUUUUCAGACAGUGAAAAACUACAUUAGUAUACAGACCAUAUUCUAUGAUUUUUCAAGCCCCCAGUUUAACAUACAGAGCAAGUUUUUUACAAUUUGACAGCUUCAGUCUCACGAGCUUCGCUGUUGCUGGAAAGUAGAAAAUCCUGUAUGGAAACAUGGCAAAAGAGUAGGUACAGAAUGCUUACGCUAGAAUCAGCCCACCACUUUUAUAUUUGGCUA